ACUUCAAAUGUCAUAAAAUAAAUGUUCUUGUUUAAAAACAAAAACAAGGCCAAAACACAAACAAAUCUGGAUGUCACAAAUUGAUCCAAAAAUAAAAAUAAACAAGAAGAACUAGGUCUCUUGCUGCAGCAACUCGAGUGGGAGCACCUGCAGCGCGAGCUCGGAAAGAGACUCUACGGGUUGUAAGAAAAUGGCAGACAAGCCGGACAUGGGGGAAAUCGCCAGCUUUGAUGAGGCCAAGCUGAAGAAAACCGAGACGCAGGAGAAGAACACCCUGCCAACCAAAGAGACCACUGAACAGGAAAAGAGGAGUGAAAUCUCCUAAAAGCCUAGGAAGAUUUCCCCUACCCCACCCCGUCAUCUCCAAGAACCCCUCACGAUGUGGAGAAAGAGCCACCUGCAAGAUGGACACGAGCCACAAG